GCAAAGAAGAAACUCUCUCUGAUCACACCUCACCCUCAAGAUCUGCCCCUUUAGGGAUUCCCAGAUCUUCCACCGCUGCAACCAUCUCGUCGGGCGAAUAGUCCGACCUCCCAAUUAACCGAUUCCAUUUCAAAUCAACAAACCGAUUGAUUAGAAAUGUCCUUCUUCUCCUCUUAAGCUUCUCUCCACCUUCAACUUCGUUGCUCUACGACUCCUCGAUUUACCCUCACCUCUACAAGCUCUUCUUCAAACUCGUUUUAAUGGCGAUUCGAAUCACCUUCACCUACUCCUCCUAUGUCGCUCGCAACCUCUCCUCCUCCGCCGGAGUCCGUCUCGGCUCCGGCGGGGAUCUCCGAUCCAGAUUCUUCCCCCACAAGCCCGAUCUCUUCAAAUCCCCCAAGAUCCGACCCGGUUCGAUGUACUCGAGCAUCGCGCAGGAAGUGAUCGGGGAAGGGAGGCAGAGUCCGCUCGUGAUGGGCCUCAUCUCGGUUCUUAAGUCAACGUCUCCGGCUCCUGAGUCAACGCUACCGUCAAAGUCGGCUUCGUCUUUGAUUCCGUGGUUGAAUCCGGUGAAGAUUGAUGACGUGGACAGGGGAGGGACGGCGUUUUUUGAUGGUGGUGAUGAGGAUGAUGAGGAUGAGAAGGAGACGAGUGGUGGAAGCGGAUGGGUUAAUAGGCUUUUGAGUAUGUGUUCUGAGGAUGCUAAAGCUGCUUUCACUGCGGUUACGGUAUCUAUACUUUUCAGGUCUGCUCUUGCUGAGCCGAAGUCGAUACCUUCCGCGUCUAUGUAUCCUACGCUUGACGUUGGUGAUCGUGUUAUGGCCGAGAAGGUCUCGUACAUUUUCAGGAAGCCGGAGGUUUCAGAUAUUGUAAUCUUCAAGACUCCUCCAAUCUUGGUGGAACAUGGUUACAAUUCCAAUGAUGUUUACAUAAAGAGGAUUGUGGCAAGUGAAGGUGACUGGGUUGAAGUUCGUGAUGGGAAGCUCCUUGUGAAUGACAAUGUGCAAGAAGAAGAUUUUGUCUUGGAGCCAAUGUCCUACGAAAUGGAAACAAUGUAUGUCCCCAAAGGCUAUGUCUUUGUCCUCGGAGACAACCGCAACAAAAGCUUUGAUUCUCAUAACUGGGGUCCACUCCCAAUAGAGAACAUUGUUGGAAGAUCUGUGUUCAGGUACUGGCCACCGAGCAAAGUAUCAGACACCGUAUACCACGACCAGGCUAUGCCAAAGGGACCUGUUGCUGUUUCAUGACAAAGUAAAAGUGGAAUGCUUCUCAAGAUUAAGCACAUGAUUGUGCAAACCAGUCUGGUCAGGAAUUGAAAACUGAAAACGUUAUGAUAUCUCCGGCUACAUAAUGUUGGUUAUGGAUCGUAUCAUCUGGUUCCCGCUGAAGAGUGGGAAGCCGGAGAAAUUAUGUGUAGAAAAAGGAAUGGAAGAUGCAAAACUGUAGAAGAGAUUUUUGCUAUGAUUGUUGUGUAAUUGUGUGUGUUUUUAAACGGGAAAAUUCCAUAUAAAUACACUAACUAAAUUCUAUUAAGCUUUUUAAUACCCAAACUUUUUCACUACCCAGUUUAAUACCUCAACUAAUUAUUCUGCCCAUUUUAAUACACCAACUUUUAUAACUGUAUCUAUUUUAAUACUCAAACUUUGUUUAUUUUAAUUAAAAAUACUAAUAAAUUUCAAACGAAAUUUUAAAAA